AAAACCCUAAAAUCGAAUUGGGGAAGCAGAAUUGAAGAUUAGAGGGGAAGAAGGCUUUGGCCUUUGAAAGAUAAGGGAAGAUGUGGUUAGCAGGGUUGGUGAAGCACAACAUAAAGGGAGGGAAUGCCGGCGUUGGUGGGAAUAUGUUGGUCCGAUACAUGUCAAGGAGUAGGGCAGUGAAUGUGAGAAAGAUUAACCCAAAGGUACCUAUUCAAGAAGCUAAAUCCAUCGCCGGUUCCCUUUACGACCUCAUCAAGCAACGUGGCCCUCUCACCGUUCCCAGCACUUGGACCGCCGCCCAGGAAGCUGGUAUUUGUGGAUUAAACAGCAGAACACACAUGAAGAUAAUGCUGAAAUGGAUGAGGGGAAGAAAAUUGUUAAAAUUGUUCUGCAACAAAGUUGGUUCUAACAAGAAAUUUUUGCAUUGUACGCUGCCUGAAGAACCUCGAACUGACCAAUUAGAAAGCCCUCCGGAGCCUGAACUGCAAACCAAGAAGCCUUCCUCUAAGAGAAAGAAGAAAACUAAAAAAUAAUUUAUCCUGGCAAUCUUUGCCUGCAAUUAACUUCACUGCUUUACAACAUCCGGUGGGAUCUUGAGUCUUACUUUUUGGGUGAACACUUCUAUCAUGUUCUAUCUGAUGUGAUCUCCAUCUUAGGCUUCUUUGUAGGGAUCUUUCUUCCUUUUUUUCCAUUAUAAUCUUUUGAACACAAUUGUGAUGAGUUUUUAAUCUGAUCUGGUGGACUGAAAGAUGAUAUGCAUGUUUACCUGGUCAAAUUGUUUUAUCAGGCAACAUGCUGAAAAUUGUUUUGUUUGAACUUAUGUUUCUGUUGAUAAGGAGGAAACUAAGAACCUCAACUAGGAAGUUGUUUCAAGGUUGGCUUAUUUGUGAAGAUAGUUAUAUCCAUCCAGUAUGCCGACACUUGAUGCUUAAUAAUAAUGGUCCAGUAGCCGUUGGACAGGGGUAAAUGAUUUACGUUUUAGUCUUUGUUGA